UCCGUCCCCGGUGCCACGUAUGCGACUCGCCUGCCUCCCCACUACCUCUGCCCCUACCGCCGCCUCUUCUCCAUCAAAACCCUAAUCUGGGACCCUCCUCCUCCCCCAUGUGCGGACGGCAACCAAGCGCAUGGGCCUUGCGUUCCUGGAGGCUGGGCCCCUUCCCAACGAACACAAGGAACCCAUGCCAGAUCCUGCGAUGCGCCGCCCGCCGAGCGACUCCUGCGGCCAACCCGCCCGUAAACAGUGCCAACGCAAAGCUUGGUGCGGCCUCCGUCCCCGCCACAGAUCCCUUGAUUGCAACACUGGUCUGUCGAUCCAGAACCGCGAGGUCUUGGAGAACCGGUCGUCAUCGCCUCUGGAAAGGUAUGUGUUGAAGAAAAUACACCUUACAAGGCAGAUACAGGGAUGCCUCAAGUCUGGUCACCAAAGGGUCCACAUCAACAGUGGUGGCGACAAAGGAGAAGAUGGCAGCGGUGUUCAAAGAAGAGAAGGCCGCGGACAGCACCACAUGAAAUGGGUUUCAUAAAGUAAAUAUUUUCGGUGGAUUUAUUGAAGUGCGGGGC